AUGAAAAAAGUAAGAUUACGCAGUUGGAUGAAUAAUAAGGUCAAUCUGGGACAUUUGAGUGGAAAGAGAGACAAGUGGAAUUGGAGAAAACAAAAAAGCCAAACGGUGAUUGAGCGUCCAUUCGUAGCCCAGCUAGAUAACAAACUCACCAAAAAUUGGAGCACGAGUUAUGAUGAGGAGAAAAAAAAACUUAAGUGGUCAGAGAUUCUCAAGGUCGGGUUUUACGAGGGCUUGAAGUUUCAAGAAAAUCUUUUGAAGACGAUGAUCCAAAUUGAGAAUACAUUUUUCUCAUUGGCUGCAAUAGAAAUUGCCUUAUUAUCUGUGAUCGUGGAGCCAUGGAUGCUUCAGCAUAUAAUCCACAUGGUAUCAGCGGCAAACGGCGCUGAAGAUUUUUACUCAACUGAAGAUCAUGCUUGUCGUUCAGAAGGAGUCGAGCUGGCUCGCGAGUUGGACUACAAAGCAGCAGCAGCAUGGGUGGGGCACCCAUACUUUGACGUGAUUGACAAUUCACAGGAUUUCGAGUCUAAAAUAUGCCGCAUGAUUGAGUGUAUCUGCCAGAAACUUUGUAUCGAUACUGGUGAUAGAUUACGUGCUAGUAGUCGAAAAGUUAAGUUUCUUGUCAAAGGACCGUUGCCAUCAGACGCUGAAUUUCCACCCUUUCAAGACUUUGAUGUCGUACAUAACUACCUCCAGAGUAGAAUGCCUAGCAUGCAGGCGCGUUUGAGAAAACGUGGACAAAAAGGUCACUGGUCGUAUAUACAUACAAUAAGACGACCAAAAAUGUGCGGACAAGUUGUUGAAGUCAAAACACCUCUAACACAUCGUGAUUAUUUAAAUAUGCUAGCUCAACGUGAUGAUGCGCAUUUUACGAUUUUCAAGCGCAGACGUAUUUUCAAUUGGACAUCUACCGAGAACCUGGACAUCCACGCUUUGACAGGAGAUGGACUAAAAAACAUACUACCAAACUUUUUGGCCAUUGCGCAAGAUGUGACAGGUAAUCCCGACUACAGUAUGUUCAACCUGAGCUUGCGGGAAGAGUGGAACACAACUGGAAGUAAAUACUGUCACAAUUUACACAAUUACGCUCUUGCAGGCAUGGUGAAAGGUGCUUCAACACAAGAAAUAAAACGAGAUACCUUCGAGGCAGUGGCUGCCUCUCCUAAAAAACAUAUUAACGGAGUGAUGGGUUGUAGGGCUAACGGUAAUGAUGCAAACGGUUACGAAAACGGAUUAGGCUACGCGCGAAACGGUGUCAACGGUACGAAUACUUCGAAUGGUAUUGAAAAAAGUAUUGGUGAUAAUUUUAAUAAGAUUAAUAAUAUUAUUAAUGACAAGGGUAUUCAUAAAGUUAAUGAGUAUUCUGUUUGCGAUAAAUUUGAUAUCAGCUCCGUUGAUGCUAUUUCUACUUCUUCCUCAGCAUCUCCUGGUAUUGAUAAGUACAAUAUGUAG